AACCAAAAGUAAAAACACAAACACAAAACACUGACAUUGAACAAUAUAAAUAGUAACUAAGUAAGAUUAGUAACUAAUAUUAUGUAUGUAUUUUAAUUUAAUACAUUUUGUGCAUAUUGGAAACAGUAAUUGAGUUUAAAUUCGAAAUGGAGUUAAGUGAAGAUUCUACAGAAAGAAAACAAAAUAUUUUAAUACCUGACAAAGGUAGAGGUUCUGUAGAGCAAUAUGUUAAUGUACAAAUUAAAUCAGAACUGGAGGAAUGCAGGCUUGAGCUUGAAAGUAAUUACACAGAGAAUUAUUUAUCAGAGUCAUAUUGUUCCGAUAAUAUUAAAAUAGAAGAACAUGUGCUACAAUAUGAUAUAAGUAACCCAUACCCUGUCAUUACCAAACAAGAAGUUAAGACAGAAAUCAAAGAAGAACUGGAUGAACAUAACUUACAAGUAAAUCACGGGUGUGACACUCUAUUUAACAGUACAGAUACUGAAAAAUUAGAUUCGGAGAGAGAUGUAAAAUUGCAAAUAGGAGCUUCACCUGAGAUAGAUGAUGAAAAACAUUGCAGAAGUAUAAAAACAGAAAAAUUAUUGCCCAGCAUUGACAAAAAAGGUUUACGUCAAAACGAGGUUACAACGAAAUCGGAAAGAUCUUUAGUAACACACAUACGAAAAAAUUCGUUCAAGUGUGAAACAUGUUUGAAGGAAUUUACUGCAUUAAAAUUUUUAAAAAGGCAUUUGCGAAUACACACUGAGGACAAACCUUACAGGUGCAAAAUUUGUUCAAAGCAAUUUAGUCGAAAUGAAAGUUUGAAAGUGCAUUUAAGGAUACAUAAUGGAGCAAAACCUUAUAAGUGUGAAAUUUGUUUUAAACAAUUUAGACAAGAUGGAAAUUUGAAAAAUCAUUUAAGAAUACACACUGGAGAAAAGCGGUACAUCUGCAAAAUUUGUUAUAAGCGAUUUAGUGAAGCAGGAGCUUUGAAAAGUCAUUUAAGAAUACACACUUUAGAAAAGCGUUACCAGUGCGAAAUUUGUCUUAAGCAAUUUAUUGAAGCAGGAAACUUGAGAAAGCAUUUAAGAAUACACACUGGGGAAAAGCCUUACAAGUGCAAAAUUUGUUUUAAGCAAUUUAGUGUACAUGAUAGUUUGAGAAAGCAUUUAAGGAUACACACUGAUGAAAAACCUUACAAGUGUGAGAUUUGUUCUAAGCAAUUUAGUCGAGAUGACCAUUUGAAAACGCAUUUAAGGAUACACACUAAAGAAAAGCCCUACAAGUGCGAAGUGUGUUUUAAGCAAUUUAGUGAAGCAGGAACUUUGAAAAGGCAUUUAAGGGUACACACUGGAGAAAAACCUUACAAGUGCGAAAUAUGUUUUAAGCAAUUUAGUGUAGCAGGAAAUUUGAGAAAGCAUUUAAGAAUACACUCUAAAGAAAAGCCUUACAAGUGCGAAGUUUGUUUUAAGCAAUUUAGUGAAGCAGGGAAUUUGAGAAAGCAUUUAAGGAUUCACACUGGGCAGAAACCGUACAAGUGUGAGAUUUGUUCUAAGCAAUUUAGUCGAGACGACCAUUUGAAAAAGCAUUUAAGGAUACAUACUGCAGCAAAGUCAUAUGUGUCGAAACUUGUUUUAAGCAGUUUAGUGCAAACUGAAAAUUCGUUAAUUAACUAUAUAGAUGGGAAAUAAGCCACAAUUAAAUUGAAAAAAAAUAUUUUAUUAACGUUUCGACGUCCAAAUUACUUACUUACUUACUUACUUACUUAAGCCGUCCUCUUGUACCUUACGGUGUCGAGGUAAGUGGAGAAAUGAGACGUCUCCAUGCCUUUCGGUCGGUAGCUAGUCUUUCUGCUUCUCUCCACCCAAUAUUUCUUUUUCCGCAAGCCUUUCCAAUAUUUGCAUUCCACGUUCUUGCUGGCCUGCCUCUUCGUCGUUUGUUGUCAGAUGCCGCUUUCCAUACCCUCUUUACAGUUCUACCUUCACUCAUUCUCGCCAUAUGUCCGAACCACGUUAACUGUUUCGUUUCAAGUCUGUCCUUCCAACACCGCACCUUUCACGUAUGUCUUCAUUUCUUAUACGAUCACGUCUGGUCACCCUCUGGUCACCCCGGAUACCGCACGUACAUAUCGCAUUUCGCAUGCUUGAAUUUUACUACGGAUGUUGUCGUUCACUGUCCACGUUUCACUACCGUAGAGUAGCACCGGCUCGUAUACGGUUUGAAAUACUUUCAUUUUUGUUUUCAGUCUUACUUCUUUCUUCCUAAUAAAACUUUUAUUUAGUGCAUAGUAUAAUUUUGUUGCACUCAUUACCCUGCUGUUUAUUUCUGGUUCUAUAUUUCCUUGCCCAUUCAUUGUUGAUCGUAGAUACUUGAAGUCCUCAACUUGUGUAAUGGUCUCAUUAUUCAACUUAACAUUUAUAUUUUCUUGUGUUUUCGAUAUUACUAAAGCUUCUGUUUUUUCAAUAUUUAUUUUCAUCCCAAAUUUCUUAAAGGCUUCAUUCCAAACAUUCACAUUCACUUGCAAGUCUUACAUUUACAUCCCGACGCCCGUGUGCACCGCACACCCUGCAUAAUAGGUAAAGCCGCCUCUGGUCUUAUGAUUCUAUAUAUUAAUAAUAUAGGUAUGCAAAGUCCGCAGAUAGUGUGCUCCUUUUUUUAUUAAACAAAAUGGCGCCCUAAAAUCGUGUUUUUCCAAUUUUUGCUCUAUAACUCCGAAGAUUAUAACUUUACCCCAAAAACUACCAAACAAAAAUUCACCGUAAUUAAAUUCUGCAUAGAGAAAUGUUCUUCCCGAUUUACUUCGUCGAAUAUUUUCCUCGGAAAAUGCGGGUUUUUCAACAAAAUCUUUAUUUUUCAACUAAAAUUUUAGAUUAGUAAUUAUUUAUCAAUAUUUAAAUAACUUGAUGAUAUAAAAGCCCAUUUGGUAUAGAUUAUAUUUCCAGAAGCCAAUGGAAAUUGAAUAAACGGUUUAGCAACAAUUAAAUUGUUAAUUAAAAAUUUACGGUCGCUAUAGUAACCACAAUAAUUAUGAUGCCUAAGAGUAACUAUGAUUUUUGUAUAAAAAGUAACUAGACCUAUCUAAUGCACUUUACAGAAUUGAAAUUGGAAUAUUUAAGCGGCCUCAGGAAUAUUUUAAAAUUAUAAACAAUUUUUUGGCUUAUAAACAAAUAUAAUAUCUCGGGAAAUAUUAAAUUAAAUUAUGAAAACGAUAUUGGAAAGAACAUACAAUGACACUUCUUUUAAAAGAAAAAACGUUUAAUUUCGACGAGUGGUUCCUGAGAUACAACUGGUCAAAGUUGAGCGGCAUGUACUGCAAAGAUAUAAGUAAUAGGAUGGUAAUUUACGAACCAUCACCUUUUAAUUUCAAUCCUCUUUCUCCACACAAAUUUUCAUAUCUUUAAAAAAUUGGAAAAGAUUGUAAGACUUGUACACAGUUCUAAAUAGGUCAAAACGGCAAACAGGUGUAUGUUCUCAAAAAACUUUUGAUAGUGUGUAAAAAAUGUUUUAUUAUCAGCUAAGUACUUUCCACUUCCCGUCUACCUGAACAAUUUGAUUUUUUCUGAAGAGAUUAAUAUAUUCAAAACAAUUUACUAACAUAUCAAAAAUUGUAAAUAUAGAUUGUAGCAAUAAAAUUUACCCUGUAUUUAAGAAAUUUUGUUAAAACAAAGCAGGCAUGUUUGUUAAAACAAAACAAACAUGUUUGUUUUGUUGUUAUUUUGUUUUAAAUCCUGUAGA